AUGCCCAUUGAAGAUGUGGCCGAUUCGACCGAUUGGCUAUCGACGCCGCUGUCCCGCCUUUCCGCGGUCGAGUCGUCAUUGCGAUGCGAAGUGUGCAAGGACUUUUACAAGACGCCCAUGAUCACGUCUUGCGCGCACACCUUCUGCUCCAUAUGCAUCCGGCGGGCGCUCUCCAGCGACAGCAAGUGUCCGCUGUGCCGCGCAACCGACCAGGAGCUGAAGCUGCGGAGCAACUGGUCUAUGGAGCAGACCGUCGCCGCGUUUUCGGAAGCUAGGGAGGAGGCGCUUAAGUUCGCGCGCAGCGCCAGCGUUGAGAAGAAGAAGUCGUCACCGAAACGCAAAGCAGACGGUGGCGCGGAGAUUUCACAGCCAGAGGCGCGCUCCAAACGACUACGAUCUUCGGUCAGGCUGAGUAGCCGCGCCGAGGUUACACCACCGGCGCCGAGUAUAGACGUGGUGGAAGAUUUGGAGGAUGAGGAUUUCGAACCAGAAAACGACGACGGCCUGGUACCCUGCCCCAUGUGCCAACGGAGAAUGAAGGAAUGGCAAGUGUUCUCGCACCUCGAGUCGUGCCCGGGACCCGGCGCCGCCGAAGCGAGCCCGCAAAGACCCAAAAGCAGCAGUAGCCCGACGACGGCGCAGCAGACCUUGCCGGCCGGCCAGAUGGCGCGCCGGCAGCAGAGCACGCUCGAGCGGCUACCCUCCCUCAGCUACUCCAUCUUCAAGGAGCAGGCGCUGCGCAGGAAGCUCGCCGAGAUCGGCAUCUCCAACCAGGGGCCGCGCCCGCUGCUGGAGCGGCGCCACCGCGAGUGGCUCACCAUCUGGAACGCCAACUGCGACGCCGCGCGGCCGCGGCGGCGCGCCGAGCUGCUGCGCGACCUGGACGUCUGGGAGCGCACGCAGGGCGGCAAGUCGGGGGCGGCUUCCGCGCAGAUGGGUCGCGUGGCGGUCCGCGACAAGGAGUUUGACGGCGCGGCGUGGGCCGCCCGCCACGGCGACUCGUUCAAGGACCUGAUUGCGGACGCGCGUCGGACCAGGCUCGCGGCGCAGAAGAAGGCGGAUGACGCGGCGGCGGCGGAGGAUGAGGAGGAGGCGGCGGAGAAGCAGGGUGGCGCGAGAGCGGCGCAUGCGUCGAAUCUAGACGAGAUUCCAGCGUCACCAGUCCAAGGCGCGGGAGAUGCAGCGACUGCGACCAUAAAUGGAGAGGCGGAAGAAUGGGCAGCGCCAAUAUCAAGCCAAGCUAACGGUGUCAUGCAAGAACCGUAUUUAUAA